AUAGACAGAUUUAAACGUUACUGGUCCAUCUCAAGAGCUUUUAUUUAUCAGUCCUUAGAUAUACUUAAGCAGCAUUAUUUAGGAUUCGUGUGACUUUUCGUGUGAAAAGAUCAUGGCCGAAGACUCGGCAGUUAAAGUGUGUGUUAGAGUCCGUCCACUCAUUGAGCGGGAGGAGAAUGCGGCUUCUGAAAAUGCACAGCAACCACCGCUUUAUUGGGAAGCUGACAAUGACUCCGUUCAUCAGAUCAAUGAAGGGGCUUCAGUUAAAAGUUUCAAUUUUGACCGUGUUUUUACUUCUCAUGAGACGACAGAUAAACUUUACCAGACAAUUGCAAAACCCCUAGUAGUGUCUACUGUUCAAGGAUACAAUGGGACAAUAUUUGCCUAUGGGCAAACUUCAUCUGGAAAGACCUUUACCAUGAUGGGAUGUGAUAAAACUCCUGGAGUCAUCCCUUUGGCUGUUGAAGACGUCUUUCAAACUAUUCAAAAUUGUCCAAAAAAGGAAUUUCUUCUCCGGGUAUCCUACAUGGAAAUCUACAACGAGACUGUGAGUGAUCUGCUGGUUGACAGUUGGAAGAGGAAGCCCCUGGAGGUCAGAGAGACUCUUAAUAAAAGCAUAUAUGUGGCUGACCUUACAGAGGAGCUUGUGACUAGUCCUGCGCAAGCUUUGCACUGGAUAAGACUCGGAGAAAAAAAUCGCCGUUAUGGAAAAACCAAAAUGAACCAGCGAAGCAGUCGCUCACACACUAUUUUCCGAAUGAUUUUGGAAAGCCGAGAGAGAAGUGACAGUGAAAAUGCAGAUGGUGCUAUUAUCGUGUCUCAUCUGAAUUUGGUUGACUUGGCAGGUUCUGAGAGAGCAAGUCAAACUGGAGCCGAAGGUGCCCGCUUCAAAGAAGGCUGCAACAUCAACCGAAGUCUCUUCACUCUUGGCCAAGUCAUUAAGAAGCUAACGGAUGAAAGUCAAACAGGAUUUACAAACUACAGAGACAGUAAGCUCACUCGUAUCCUACAGAACUCUUUGGGUGGAAAUGCCAAAACUGUCAUCAUUUGUACAAUCACACCUGUUGCUUUGGAUGAAACCCUUAGCACUUUGCAGUUUGCCAGCACUGCAAAGAAGAUGAAGAAUGACCCACAUGUUACUGAAGUGUCAGAUGAUGGUGCUCUGCUCAAAAGAUACCGCAACGAAAUUGUGGACCUCAAGCGUCGUCUCCUUGAGGUUUCAUCUGUAACACAGACCACAGCCACAGAGAAAGAACUACUUUCUCAACUCCUUCAGGAGAAGGACCAACUACAACGAGAGCAGGAGGACAGGAUCAGGAAUCUUACGAAUCUACUGGUCAGCUCCAACCCCAACCAAGUGACUGGUCGACGGGCACCCAAACGCAGGGUUACCUGGUCAGGUAAAAUGAUCAAGCAGACAGUUUGCUCUAGUGCUGAAAACUCAACCAGAAAAAGGAAAGCAAACCACUCCUGUAUUGAGCCAGAUGAAGACUUUUAUCCUCACUGGGAGAUUCUUCAUGAGGCUCCAGAAGACUUGGAUAUCAGUCAAGCAUCUAUAACAGUUCGCAGCUUUGGAGACAGUCCACAAGACUUUGUGCCAGCAGAAGGCCUGAGGGAGUUGUCUGAAAAAAUUGCUUCUCUUGAGCAACAACUGGAAAUGGAGAGUUGCCAGAAAACUGAGGCUCAGUUGAAGUUGAAGGAGCUGGACAACAAGGUGGCUGAGCUUGAACUUCAGCUGCAAGGGGAAGUUCAGCUCAAACAAGAUGCUUCACAGAAGCUGACUGUGGUACAAGAGGCAAAGCUGGAUGUAGAGUUAAGAGCACAGACUGAGCAACAGAUGCAACUAGAGGAAAAGAUGACCACUUCGCUGGUUCCUGAAGCACUGUCUCCAGGUCAGCUAUUCUCAACUGCAGACACUGAAGACAUUGAUCAGAUAAAGAGACAAUUUUCAGAAGCCAUCCAACUGUGUGAAACUCUAGCAUCAGAGAAGGAUUUAUUGCUUACUGAACGCAAUUACCUAAAAGAGGAACUAGGGAUGUCACUGGAGCACAUUAAAACUCUUGAAAAAGAGAAUUCUGAUCUUUCACAAGAGCUCGAGGAGAAGCGAGAGACUGAAGAAUUUGAAAAUCUAGAAGAGCAAAUCAAGAAAGACAAUGAGGGUAAACUACAAGAAGAAAUAUCACAAUUGAACAUAAUUAUUGAAUCCUCAAAACAGAAACACCAGGAUUUACAGAAUGAAUUGGAAGCCUUAUCGAUCAAGUUCAAAAAGAAAUGUGACUUUACAGAGGAACUUCAAAAAAUGAAUGGAAAAGAUUUGGUUCAAGAGGUGACAAUGCUUCAGCGCUCUCUAGAUGAUGCGGAAAAGAUCAGCAUGGAUACAAAGAAGGAAUGGGCUUGCCUGCGUUCUCAAAAUAUUGCUCUGGAAGAGAAAAAUGCAAUGCUUGCUCUUAAUAGUGAAAAGAAUGAAAAUGAGAUCAUCAGCCUGCGCUCCCAGCUUGAGAUGGAGAAAAACAAAUUCAAGAAAAUGCAAUUUGAUCUUCAGAAAGAGUUAAACAUUGCAUUUGAGGAGAAUAUUAAACUGGCCACUCUUCUAGAUGGCAAAGUACCUAAAAAUAUGAUUGAGAAUGUUGACCUUGAGAGAACUGUGACAAAUUUAAGGAAGGAAUUGACUACUUGUCAGGAGGACUCUGCAGACCUCCGUGUUCAGCUGGAAGAGCUACAGGAGCUUCCUGUCAAAGUGGCUGAGCUGAUGAAACGGCUUGAAGAAAGUGAAUGUGUGAAGGUGUCCCUGACUCAGGAGUUGCAUGAGAUCCAUAAGCUAAAGAGGGACUUGGAGGAAAAGCUUGCUGAUGGCGAAGAAGCCAGACGAACUGAUGAAGAAAUUCAGAAAGAACUUGAAGAACAAGUGGACAAACUGACUGCAGAGCUGCAGAGUGUGCAGGCCCAGAAGGAGACCGCCAUGUCACAAUGGGACUACAGGCUCCAGUCAGUCUCUAAUGAAAGAGACAUCCCGCAACAGCGUAUUGAAGAGGUAUUAGAAGCCCAAAGUCUUGUGCAGUCCCUUCAAGAGGAGCUCCAGGAAGAGAAGCAAAAGUUGUCUCACAAGGAGACACUUCAUCAGCAAAGAGUGGAGGAGUUGGAGCAGAAAAUCAGUGUUGUGUCCCAAGAGCUGGUCAGGCUACAACUGGAGAAGGAGGAGUGCGUGUCCUCUUUUACUCAUCUAAAGGAAGAGAGAGACCAACUCAAGGCAGAUCUCCAAGAGAACAUCGAAAUGAUGAUUGAAGUCCAGGGCGAACUUAGGGUAAUUCAGGAGAAGAACCUUAAACAAGAGGAGUGCAUUCACAAGCUGGAGGCGGCACAGGCAGCUCAAGAGGAACUCCACCCAGAGGAACUCGAAGCACAGAUGAAGACUCUUGAAGAGGAACUUGAACGUGUACAAGCAGAAAGUGAGAGGUCUAAAGAGGAGAGGGACGAACUCAUGUCCAGACUGAGCUUGCUCUCUGAGGACAGAGAGCAGCUGCAGCAGGCUCUGGACACACUUGCACAGGAAAAGCAGCAGCUCAAGCAGCUCCUGGAUAACAGGACGGACAUGCUUAAUGAGACACAAACGAUUCUACAGACACUUGAGCAGAGACUUCAGGAGCAAAAUCAAAAGAACUUGGACUUGGAAAGACUGAGCCAAGACGGACAUAAUGAGCUGGAGAGCCAGAUGAAGACUCUUGAAGAGGAACUUGAGCGUGUACAAGCAGACAGUGAGAGGUCUAAAGAGGAGAGGGAUGAGCUCGUGUCCAGACUAAGUGCUGUCACUGAGGACAGAGAGCAGCUGCAGCAGGCUCUGGACAUACUUGCACAGGAGAAGCAACAGCUCCAGCAGCUCCUGGACAACAGGACAGACAUGGUAUCUGUGUCUUUGCAGAGUGACUUCAAUCAGGCAGACACCCAAGAGGACAUGGCCAAACUUCAGCAGGAGAUGGAUCAGCUUCAGGCUUCUCUGCAGACCAUCAGUGCAGACAAGAGCCAACUGGAGAAUGACCUGCAACAGAACACGCAGAAGCUUGAUGAGACACAGAGGAUUCUACAGUCUUUGGAGCAGAUGCUUCAGGAGCAGAAUCAGAAGAACUUGAACUUGGAAAGACUGAGUCAAGACAGAGACACUGAGCUGGAGAGACAGACCAAGGAACUUGAGCGUGUACAAGCAGACAGUGAGAGGUCAAAAGAGGAGAGGGAUGAGCUCGUGUCCAGACUAAGCGCUGUCACUGAGGACAGAGAGCAGCUGCAGCAGGCUCUGGACACACUUGCACAGGAGAAGCAACAGCUCCAGCAGCUCCUGGACAACAGGACAGAUAUGGUAUCUAGGUCUUUGCAGAGUGACUUCAAUCAGGCAGACACCCAAGAGGACAUGGCCAAACUUCAGCAGGAGAUGGAUCAGCUUCAGGCUUCUCUGCAGACCAUCAGUGCAGACAAGAGCCAACUGGAGAAUGACCUGCGACAGAACACGCAGAAGCUUGAUGAGACACAGAGAAUUCUACAGUCUUUGGAGCAGAUGCUUCAGGUGCAGAAUCAGAAGAACUUGAACUUGGAAAGACUGAGUCAAGACAGAGAUGCUGAGCUGGAGAGACAGACCAAGGAACUUGAGCGUGUACAAGCAGACAGUGAGAGGUUUAAAGAGGAGAGGGAUGCGUUUCAGUCCAGACUGAGCACUCUAACUGAGGACAGAGAGCAGCUGCAGCAGGCUCUGGACACACUUGCACAGGAGAAGCAGCAGCUCCAGCAGUUCCUGGACAACAGGAUGGAAAUGCUACAAGUUGAGAUUAUUCGGCUGAAUGAAUCUCUGCAGAUAGUCAGAGAGCAGAAGCGCCAUCUGGAGAAAGAGCUGCACACCAACUUGGAGAUGGUUUCUCAAUUAAAUGCUUCCCUCCAUGAGGUCAAAGAUGAAAAGAGUCGCCUGGAAGAGAAUCUGCACAACAAUAUGGAAAUGACUUCACAAAAGCAGGAGCUCUUGAGAUCAGUUCAGGAGGAGUUGUGUGAACAGAAGAGAAUAAAUGAUGAGCUAGCUCAGGAGCACAGCUCAUUAAACCAACAGCUUCAGAGUCUUACAGAGAGACUGCAGAGUGUGGAGGCAGACUGCUCCACAGAUGAGAGGGACAAACUUGUGUCCAGACUGAGCUCUCUCACUGAGGACAGAAAGCAGCUACAGCAGGCUCUGGACACACUUACACAGGAGAAGCAGCAGCUCCUGGACAACAGUGGGGAGAAGGUGAAGCUACUUAAAAAGGAGUUGGAGAUGUCAAGGAAGAAGGAGACUGAAGCACAAGUUUUUCUAAGCAAAGCCAACCAGACUAUUUCUAGUCUGAGAGAACAGCUCAGCUCUCCCCCUGGGGAGGGCCCACUGUCUCUACUCCUGGAAGAGUCAACUCUGCACCUUCAGAAGUCAUUUAAGAAGUUCAAGAGGUUUGAAGAAAAUUGUUCAAAUGGUGCAUCUGUGAAAGUUAAAUCCAAGGUCUUCGAGGCUCCAUCCUGCCUCAGCUACUUGCCUAAAAGCACCACUGAUUCCUUUCAUGCGAUCAAUCAUCUGGGUCAACAAGCGCUUCAAAGCUGGACUAUCAUGGCUGGGAAUCUGCAGAAGUAUACCCACAGGUACCAACAGUUGUUCGAAGAGCUGGUAGAGAAGGACUUAACUGUGUUUGAGGAGAGGCGUUUGCAGGAUAUCCUACUGUGCAGAGUGCAUGCACCAAGCUACUCCAUAAAGGACAUGGACUUUGUGUCGCAGUGGAAAAUGAGGCUGAAAGAGGUGCUGGAGAAGAGGCAGGUUUACCUUGAGAAAAUGGACAGUACUUUGGAUAGAUUUUUGGACUUACACCGCAGUGAGCUUUCUGCUGAGUUCAGAGAAAAGGAAAGGUUUGAGACAAAGCUCCAGGAGAUUUGUCAUGGAGAGUCUGUAGACGUCUCUGCACUGGACUCAUUCCUGGACACAGAGCGGCAGCUUCGUACCACUUUGCUUCAGAAAAGGAACAGCCUUCUCAAGGCCGUCACAGAGGAACACAGUGGCUUGCUGAAAGAGCUGAGUCAGCAGGCUGCUCAGGUACAGGCUCUGUUAGAAGACGAGAAGAGUAAAAGGUACACUCUGCAACAUGGGCUUGAGGGAGCACCACUCAAAACAGAGAUGUCUCUCAUAGAAGACCAUCAGAACCUCCUAGUUCAGCUUCACACUGCUCAGAACCAUCUUGAGAUUCUGCACUUAGAGAAAGGGGAGCUGCAAAAGGCCCAGAUCAAAGCAGAGUAUCAAGUUUCUACUCAUAAAGAAGCCACUCAGCUGCUGCAGACAGAGCUGCAAGACACUUGUGCAAAGCUCCAGGAGAGGGAGCGCACCAUUGAAGAGCUCAGCACCCAACUACAACAGGCUGAGAGAAAUUCUGAUGUUGUGGAACUUGCAAAACUUAACAGUAAGAUCACCAAACUGGAAAUGGAGCUCCAGUCAUCAUCAGAAAAGUACAAGCACGAGAUUCAGACGCUGACAUCGCUUUUAGAUGGAAAGGAGACAUCGCUCAGAAAGCUGAAAGAAACCCUCCGAUCGCAGCAGCAGAAAGACGAUUUCUAUCUGGAAGGGGAGGCUCUUCAUGCCCGCCUGGUUCAGCCUAAAGGUGUGGUCCAGACUAGUGUGCUUGUGGAAAAGGGCAAACUUGAGGAGGAAGCAAGACAACGCAAACUGAGAAUCACUGAGCUGGAGAGCCUGGUCACCAGUCUGCAGGCUGAGGUUGGCAAGUGGAAGCACCGUGCCCUCAAGAUGAAGAGUGAGGCUGAGACCAAAUCCAAUAGGGAGCUACAGCCAGGCUUUGAAUGUAGCCCUCCAAAACGACCCCGAUGUGACUCUCCCAGGAAAAAUCUGCGCUCCCCUAGGAAGGCCCUGGAUUCUCCAGCUCUGGCGCUCCUCAACUCUCCUAAAAGCAGGUUCUUUGACGGUGGAAGCAGCUCUGAGUUUCUCGUUAGAAACUGUCCAAAGCAGUUCUUCGAUAACUCUUGCCUUGGGACACCUCCAGAAGUAUUUCAUUCUCCUGAGACUACAGAGGCAGAGCAUGUUGCAGAAAAUGGCGCAGAUGUAAAACAAGAUUGGCUCAAAUGGCCUAUGUCUCCAAAGGAGGAAGAGAUGUGCAAAAAACAAUAGGACAUUGCUGCUAUUCUAGCAUGAAGUAAUAUUUUUAGUUUGUGGUUUGUUUUUUUUUUAGUUAAAGCAAUAAAGUUUUUUACCCGGUAAGGUGUCAUCAUUUCAGUGUUGCAUCUAAAACACUAACAAAGUGUGAGUGCUCAUAGUUAAGGAUGCACUGGCAGUCAUUCACGGAGAUGGCAAAGAAUAUAGUUACAUAAUUAUGAAAUCAAACCAUGUCGAUUUCAUCAACCACACAAAUCUACAAGCAGCAGAAAUGCAACAGAUUAAGAUUCAUCAUGGUGUGAAUCCAACUAAAACGGCUUAAACUGCAUUUUCAGAUUUUGAUGAUGCAUUUGUA